AGCCACAUUUACGCAUGCUGGGUGGUGUAGUGUGUUCACAGGUCUCCACGCCGGUGUUAGCACAGCUUUCCUAAUCUCCAUGAGGUUUAGUCGUGAAUUUAAUGAUUUCAGGAGUUUGUUUACGAGCCGAACAGUAGACAGAACUGAGUAGUUGAAUGUUAAUGACAAGUAAACUCGAAAAGUGACAAUAUGGAGGCUCAGUAAAGGCUAAAUGCUGCUGAGCAGCCCUGAAGUACACAGACUUUUAGGAUUUUACGUCUCCACUUUAGGAGCAAUUAAUCUAAAGUCCCCUAGUGCAGUGGAGGCUUGCAGCCAUGGCGGGUAAGGGCCGUGGAGUAGCUGCCUUUACCUUCAACAUUGAGGCUCUGGGCAUCGGCAGGGGCAGCAUGCCAGAAGCCAGGGUGGGGCCCAGUCCGCUGUUUCCAAACACAGACUUUAAGCCAGUUCCGCUGAAAGCUGGGGAGGAUGAGGACUACAUGCUGGCUUUGAAACAGGAGAUGAGGGGAACGAUGCAACGUCUACCACACAACAUCAAGCCCCUGUCCAAAAAGGCAGAGGUAGAGCGAUACACGGAGAGAUAUCUGAAGCAAUGGCAGAUGGAGGAUGACGAAUGGACUCCAGAUUGGAGCCUCUUCCCAAAAGAAUUGAUGCCACAGAAGAAAAAACCUCGUGUUAAAGCAGGCACAAAGAAGAAAACUGUGAAGACAACAAACAAAGACACAAAGGAUGUGCUGAGUAAAUUAGAUGAACUGGAAAAGAAAGAUGAUGGGAAUCCUGAGAAAUCUGACGAUGAGAGCAAAAAGAAAACAGGGAACGAGGAAGAGGAGGAGGAGGAAAUUGAAGCGGAAGAGUAUGAUGAAGAGGACAUUGAAGAGGGCAACGACUACAUUGAAAGCUAUUUUGACAACGGUGAAGACUUCGCUGCAGACAGUGAUGACAAUAUGGACGGCGAAGCAACAUACUGAGACUCUCACCUCAACCAUGCACUGUUCAACUGAACAAUCAUGUGAUCGUUACUAUUGGUUAAAUAUUGUAGAUAAGUUUGCUAAGCAGAGUGAUAGUUUUGUUUUCCUUGUUUUGUGAUCUUGAAAACCAAGAUUUCCUUAAAGACUUGUGUAAAUAAGAAAUGCCAAACUAUGUG